AUGACGGCACUGUUGGUGAGGCAAUGGACGUAUCAGACGUGCACUGAGUUUGGGUACUACCAGACCACUAGUCUGAAGGACAGUCCGUUUGGGCACAACCGUCCGGUCGAGUUCUUCACGAAACAGUGCACCGAUAUAUUCGGUCCGCAAAUCACGGCCCAAACCAUCGAGAAGGCCGUCGAGGCCACCAAUUUCUACUACGGGGGCCGUCAGCCCAAUGUGACAAACGUGGUGUUCCCUAACGGCUCACUGGAUCCGUGGCACGCAGUGAGUGUACUCCAGGACCUCAACAACAGCACCAAAGCCGUGCUGAUCGAGGGGUACGCCCACUGCGGGGUCAUGUAUGCCGCCAACCCGUCGGAGCCCAAGAACAAGUACGGAAUGGUCAGACCUCCAGUUCCCGUUGAUGGACAGUUUUUUAAAAGCGCCGUAUCGGGUAUCUAUAAACAAAAAGUCAACCAUGCUGAUCCCAAAGACAACAGCACUUUUGACCAGGUGUACUUCACGAACGACGCCCACUACAAAGCGGGUGGUCCUGUAUUUUUCAUGUUUGGCGGCGAGGGGGCAGCCAGCUCAGCUUGGUUGACCAACAGUAAUAUGGCGGACAACGCCAAGAAGUACGGCGCUCUACUCGUCGAGUUGGAGCACCGGUUCUACGGGGAGUCCCAACCCUUCGCGGAGCUAACCGUCGAUAACCUGAAACACCUGAACAGCGAACAGGCCCUCAAAGACGCCGAUGAGUUCAUACAGUAUUUGCUCAAACAGAAGUCCAUUGAGAAUGCCAAGGUCAUUGUGUUCGGGGGCUCGUAUGCCGGUGCGUUGGCCGCUUGGUUCCGGGAGAAGUACCCGAAAACAGCUGCCGGUGCCAUAGCGUCCAGCGGUCCUGUCGAGGCAGUCGUUGAUUUCAAGGACUACUUGGGUGUCGUUAGUCAGUCGCUGGGAAAGGAGUGCUCCGACAGCAUCAGGGAAGCCUCGCAGCAGUUGGAGGAGGAUCUGAAGACUACUGCCGGCCGGGAAGAGCUCAAGAAACUGUUCNUUGAAUAG